AUGCCUGGAUUUUUGAAUGACAUCAAUGUUGUCAACCAAUCACCACUGGUGAAUAAGAUUGCAAAUGGUGAGUUGCCACCGGUGCAGUUUGUAGCAAAUGGCCGUACAUACAACUAUGGCUAUUAUCUAGCGGAUGGCAUCUAUUCAAAGUGGCAAACCUUUGUGAAGCCGUUGAAAAAGCGGGAAGCGGCGAACUACGCGUCGUUCUCCCCGGGCUACGCGCUGGAGCUGGAGAAGAAGCUGGCGGCGCGGGACGCGGAGGUCGCGGCGUUGCGGGAGCAGCUGGAGGCGGCGAAGGCGGAGCUCGCCGUCGUGCAGCGCGCGGCAAGCGCGGCGCGGGAGAAGGCAAAUGCGGAGCUCGCCGGCGAGCUCCGCAUUUGCCUUCUCCCGCGCCGCGCUUGCCGCGCGCUAUCAGCCGUUGGCGGCUCAGGACACAACAUAGAUCAUCCAGAUCCCUGCUAA